AUGGGCAAGUCAAGCGCAGCUUGCAAGCGACCUGCUGCUGCAACCAAGACGGUUGUAAAAAAGGCUCCAGUGCAGCCAACGAUUACAAAGGCUGCCUUUGAUCUUGAGAAGUUUACACACUUGAUGGAGCAGGUGCUUGGCGCCACUGAGGUGGCAACACAGGCUCCCAACAUCAUCUGGGCGUCAGGCUUUGAUGGGAUGAACACAGUGGGUCGAUGCAUUGAUUCGCUAUUUGGUUCGGAUGGAAACACACAAGCCUUCGGAGCGGAAAUGUCUGAGAGCUCCGCAGCGUUUGCUCUGAUGUGCACAAAUCCGGGACACGUGUUCAAGGACAGGUUUUGGAAAAUCACAGUUACGGAUGUGGCGAUGACAGCCAAGCAAGGCGGCUUUUGCUUGAAACACGGGCGCAAAUGCCAAUGUGUAGUCCGUGGAUCUGGAGGCACAGCCGCUUUGCAGCUCUACACAGCUGGCUUUACGUGCAAGUCGAACAGCGUGAGAAGCCUCAAACGCUGGGUUCAGAAUCCACUUGAAGAGAGCAGCAGCAGCUCUCAAGCGUUCCACCUGGCGGUGAAUGCCAUCCGCCGACAUGCUCCGGACUUUGUGGUGCUUGAGAAUGUCCUCGGGGCGAGGAGGCCAUCGAAGCCCAAGGAUGGCGGGCCGAGCGAAGCACCUAUCGAUAGGUACCGUGGCAUCUUGGCCAAUGUUCCGGGGCCGUAUCAGUGGGAGGACCUGGAUGUGACUGGCAGACCGCUUCCUGAGAAGCGUGAUCGAUUGAUCAUCUUGGGUGUCAAGCAGUCUGGCGGCCACUCAUCAUUCACCGCGACAAAGUGGAAGGAGCAGAUCCUGUUGCUCGAGAAGGCCUCGGAUGCCUUGCCGAUUCACUCUAUGGUGGGCAUGAUUGAGAGUUCGAGGCCAAGGGAGAGUUCAAGUACCAAACCGACAAGGAAUGCUCAGAGCUGGACGGACGAGAGCAAGUACCAUCAGUACUUUUCCGAGAUACUUGGGAAGGCUGUGAGCGCCAAGAAGAUCCACGACCCGAAGCCGGCUCCAGUUGCUGAACGGGCAUCGCGCCGUUUCCAGCUGCAGACAGCCACUGCGUGGCAGCAAGCGAACGCAGAUUGCUGUGAGAUACUCCUCAAGCAGCAGGCGGAAGCUGGCGGGUGGACCCUGGAGAGCGAGGAGCUGCAUCCACUCUUUGACCUGAGCCAGACCUGCGGGCAUGGACACGCGACUCUCUUCCCAAUUUGCUCAACACUUGCAACAUCAACACGCAUCUUCAGCUUGCGUACUGGUCAGUUUCUGUCGGGAGAGGCACACCUGAAGACAUUUGGCAUCAUUGAGUAA